GAGCAAGUCGUUGUAGACUGGAUGAAACACCUUGGCAGCCUGGCACAACCCCUGGACCGCCGUGCUGUACUUGCUUAUGUCAAGACCAUCUGUGGUCACAAUCCUGGGAAGAACUGGUUCCAUCGAUUUGUCCACCGACAUCGACACGAAAUUCACUAUUGCCGACCCUCAUCUCUUGAUACAAAGCGUGCACGUGCAUUCAAUCCAACUACGGUCAGCAACCACCAAGAUCAGUGGGAGGCCCUCCUUUCAAAAUGGGAAAUACCUCCAGAGAAUAUUUGGAACUACGAUGAAAAGGGCAUCCAGCUU